CGUUUCCUUGUGGUAGGGAGCGAGCACGGAGGGAUGUUGACUUGUUUUCAAAUGACGGAUACGGUCAGUCAUCCCACGCCUGUGUCUGUAGCCCUAUUGUCUGGUCUCAGUGCUCAGAGUACAGCGUUUAUCUAGCGCUGCGAAAUCUGGAAAAAUAAGCAACUUUACCAAUGUGCUACCGGCAUGUGACUACCACACCCUCUACUAAAGCCAACAGCGCGAACUGAAUGAAUUAGUUAUUGUAUGUUAAGGUUUAGUGACGUGUGAAUAAAAGAAAAUGCCAGUUCACCCAACCAAACCCUCUGGUUUUAUAGUUGUUAACAGAAUAUCAUAGAUAAGUGUUUUAUUGCUAGUUAGCUAGCUUGUGUAACAUAUUGGAUGCGACUGAUUCACGUAAUGCCAACUUGUAAACAACAAUCGCAUGCGGAGCGUUCAGCCAAUGGCAGAGCUCCUCGGUGAAGAAGGCUGCAACGUGAUUCGUCGACGCGUGAAGUUUUUCGCGCCGCGUUAUGCGGCGAUAGUGAUAGUGGAGUCCUCGCUGUGCAGUAUCAUCUGGCCUUUGUUUUACGAGAUUAUAGCAGCGGAAUUAGUCUAGGUCACUAAUCUACAGCCACCCAGUCUGUUCUUUUAAUAUUUAACUCCUGUUGCUUAAUCAGCAUGUUACACCUGGUUAAAGAUCCAGGUGUGGACUGUGACUUUGAGCUCCACGUUCAUAGUGAGGUAAGCUACAGUCAGCCACCCUGCAGCUCCACUUACCUGAAGUCAACAUGCCUUCCCAAGAGUCAGGCACAGCUAUGUCCCCAAAGAUCACAGGAGAGCUGCUCAGGCAGCUUCGCCAGGCCAUGAGGAAUUGUAAAUAUUUCUCUGAGCCCAUACAGGCAUACAUCGUCCCUUCUGGAGAUGCACACCAGAGUGAGUACAUCGCACCGUGUGACUGCAGGCGUGAAUUCAUAUGCGGAUUUAAUGGCUCUGCAGGCACAGCCAUCGUCACAGAGAAGCACGCUGCCAUGUGGACUGAUGGGCGAUAUUUCCUCCAGGCCAGUCAGCAGAUGGACAACAACUGGACCCUCAUGAAGAUGGGGCUGAAGGAGACACCCUCUCAGGAGGACUGGCUGAUCAGCGUCCUGCCAGAGAACUCCAAAGUGGGGGUCGAUCCUUGGAUCAUCGCUGCCGAUCAGUGGAAGAACAUGUCCAAGGCGCUGUCCGGUGCCGGCCACUCUCUGGUGGCAGUGCAGGAUAACCUUAUCGAUGCGGUGUGGACGGACCGCCCAGAAAGACCCAGCACACAACUCCGCGCCCUAGGACAAGACUACACCGGUAUGACCUGGCAAGACAAGAUCACAGCGCUGCGAGCCAAGAUGACUGAGAGGAAAAUCACCUGGUUUGUUGCCACAGCGUUGGACGAGAUUGCGUGGCUUUUUAACCUCCGUGGUGCAGACAUUGAGUACAACCCAGUUUUUUUCGCCUAUGCCAUCGUGGGAAUGAACACGAUAAGGCUUUUUGUGGACCUGAAGCGUCUCUCUGACCCCGCCUUGAGAGACCAUCUGCAGCUCGACUCCCCCAGCAAGCCCGAGCUCAGCAUCCAGACGUUCCCGUACGAGUCGGUCUACACCGAGCUGCAGGCCAUCUGCGCCACACAGGGCCCCAAGGACAAAGUGUGGAUCUGUGACAAGGCCAGUUGUGCUCUCACACAGGUCAUCCCCAAGGCCCACAGGAGUGCAAUUCCCUACACUCCACUCUGCCUAGCCAAGGCAGUGAAGAACGCCACUGAGAUUCAAGGCAUGAAAAUGGCCCAUAUCAAGGAUGCAGUUGCCCUCUGUGAACUCUUUGCCUGGUUGGAAAAGGAGAUUCCAAAAGGCAACGUGACAGAGAUCUCUGCUGCUGAUAAGGCAGAAGAAUUACGCAGUCAACAGAAAGAUUUUGUUGGUCUUAGUUUCCCCACGAUUUCCAGCGUUGGUCCUAACGGGGCGAUCAUACAUUACAGACCAUUGCCUGAAACCAACAGAACCCUCUCCUUGAAUGAAGUUUACCUAAUUGACUCAGGAGCUCAAUACAUUGAUGGAACCACAGACGUCACACGCACCAUGCACUUUGGGACACCGUCUGCUUUCGAGAAGGAAUGCUUUACCUAUGUGCUCAAAGGACACAUAGCUGUCAGUGCUGCUGUUUUCCCCAAUGGAACGAAAGGCCACCUGUUGGAUUCGUUUGCCCGCGCAGCUCUGUGGGAUUCAGGGCUGGACUAUCUUCACGGUACGGGCCACGGCGUGGGCUGCUUCCUCAACGUCCAUGAGGGGCCCUGCGGCAUCAGCUACAAAACCUUCGCUGAUGAACCUCUGGAGGCCGGCAUGAUCGUCAGUGAUGAACCUGGGUACUAUGAAGACGGAUCUUUUGGUAUUCGUAUUGAAAACGUGGUCCUUGUUGUACCAACUAAGCCCAAAUACAACUACAGAAACCGAGGCAGUCUGACAUUUGAGCCGCUCACUCUGGUUCCUAUCCAAGUCAAGAUGAUGAGCACUGAGCUGCUCACUCAGAAGGAGCGGGACUGGGUGAACGAGUACCACAGGAAGUGCCGGGAGGUGGUCGGAGCAGAGCUGGAGAGGCAGGGCAGGAAGGACGCGCUGGAGUGGCUGAUCAGAGAGACCCAGCCGAUCGCCUGAGGACCGACUCCUGUGCAGUCCGACCCGUUUUUCCCAGAAGUACUGAACGAUCGAUUGCUCUGCAGUGUUAAUCGUUUGUAUUUUUCUCAUCUUUCUCUGUGUCUCACGCUCUGCUUCUUUUGUAAAUCACAUCGUACCUGCAGUUUUAUUAAAGAUCAUUUAAAAAAAA